AUGCGGGCAAAUUCUCGCUCGGCACCGUCUGUAUUCCCAAGGGUGAGAAGGGCUCCACCAGACAUAACGGCAGAUACUACUUCAUCACUGCCAUCUCGAGCUGCAGCCUGGGAUUCAUCAGCACUCACACCCAUCCCGCCGGCUGGCAGCUCAAGCUCCUCGGCAAGUGCUAAGUAA